CUUCCCCGGCCAAUAGCAACGAUCUUCCCGGUUGUGUGAUCCUGCAACAAGGAGGGACUCUGGCUGUAUGAACCAUUUCCGCACGUCAAUAAAACUAGUUUAAGUGAAGAGGAAGUGAAAUUUAGUUAAAGCUGACAUGAGCUGCUUUGACAGCACUGCUUUCAGUUUUGCAUGCGCCUUAUAUGUUUCGGUCACAUGAUGUGACGCCUGGACGGAUAAGCAGAUGUACCGCGCUGCGUUUUCUUGCAGGAAACACUGUUUUUUGAGGGAAGAAAUUUUGGCUGAAAACAAAGAAACCAUAAAAAAAUGUUGAAGUUGAAGCUGAAGUUUGACCUUCGCAGAGAUGUGGUGUCUGACAUCCUCAGGAAAGAGGCGUCGGUCUGUAGGGUGAAAGAAUACACUGAAGCUGUGGACAUUUGCAUCCUGAACACUGAGAAUGAUGGGAGUGUCCUUUAUUCCUGGAAGGGAGUAACAGGAACCACCAGGAUUGGAAAAUAUGACUCCAGUACCAAACAUAAUAAGCUCCUGUACACAUUUGACAAGCAAGUGUGUGUCAGCAGCUGCUCUCUGAACAAGGAGGAGACGCUGUUAGCUGUCAGCUUGGUACAAAAUUCCAGAGAAGAGCGUCUCAAACCAAUGUCCAAGUGUCUAACUCUUCUGAUUGAAAUCCACCCUAUAAACAACACCAAAGUCCUCAAGGCAGUGGACUGCAGGGUCAAAGUGCAGUUUCUCCAUCAGGAAACUGACAGGAGAUCAGUGCUGGAGAGCCAUCUGCUGUUGUUCGCCGAAGAUGGAUAUGUGGAUCUGUACCAUGUGCUGCUGAGCAAACAGGAGGGUUAUAGAGUGGUGAUGGCAAAUCCCGAGCGUUUGUCCAAAACAGCAGAGAGAAUCGUAGAGGAUUUCUGCUGGGUCCAGUGGGACGGACACAUGCAACGGCUUUACUAUCUCACUCUCAAGGAAAAGUUUCUGCUUCAGUGUGUUCAGUUCUUCCCAAACCAUAACUGUGAAACGGUGCUGGAGCUCCUGUUAGAUUUGCCAGCAAAUUCUUUCCGCACAGUCAAGUUUGUAAAUCUGGGUUUUGACCAUUAUCACACUGAAAAACCAGAGCAGGAGCUUGUCAGGAUGCAGGUGUUCACAAACAGAAUAGGAAGUAUGUGUGUGUGUUACAGCCAGCUCCUAAAAGAUGAACAGGAACUGAUCUACACUCUGGUUUUAGUUCAUAAAGACUGCAGCAAGACGUUCCGAGUUUCUCUGAGCAACGACAAACCACCACAGAAAACCACACAGCUCCACCCGCUCUUCAUCCCCAUAGGUUACUACAUCCUGGUGUAUCUGCAGGGUAAUUUCCUCCAUUGUAUUAACACCAGGCAGCAGGAGAUGCUCUGCCACUCCCUCUUCCUUACUGGUCAUGAUGCGACCUUAGGAUUGCAGUGCCAGGCAGCUGAUGUGACUGUGCUGCAUUCAGAGGAGCAGUGUAAUGGCUGUCUGUUGCAGCUGGUCAGUGGGAGAAUCCACACUGCUCAGCUCAGCCCUGCUUACCUGCUUCAGAUACUGAGAUCCACACGUUCUAAGUGUCCCAGCAGUAAGACUGACCCUCAGCGCCUGGCUGCCCUCCACUGCCUGCUGGUUUACAUGGGAAAUGACCCAAACCUGGAGCUGAAGAUUAUUGAAUGGCUGUGUGACAACGUGAAUGCCUUUGAAUCCUUUGAUCAAAUCCAGGAGUUCAUUUUAGCUUCUUUGUACAGAAUAGGAUAUGAAAAGUCUCUUGGCUUGGAUAAAGUCCUGCCAUACUCUUCUGUAUUUGAAAAGAAGGACAUCCCAUUGUGUUUGUUGGAGGUCCCUGGUGUGUUUUGUACCACUAAACAGCAUCUUGAAGCUGUUUUCAAAGGGAAGGCCAGGGGUCUCCAGGGUUUCUGGUCAGAGCUGCAUUUGAACACAGAGAGGACAAAAUAUCUGGACACAGUUCCCAACCCCAGAUACAGAAGCUUACACAUUCAGGAUGACUGGCAAAAACUGAAGUCCGAGAAGAGACCCUCCAGCCACAUGAAUCACUUGGAGGAGAACACAAAGAAAGUUCUUUCAAUGGUGGACACGUGGUGUCUUGAUAAGAAGCUGGUGCCACUUUUUCAAGAGGAAGACCAUCAACAAAGGGCGCUCAUAGGCCUGACAGUUGACAAGCUACGAGAGCAUCUCAACAGAUACCUGCCUCGACUGGGGAAGAAGAAGAUUGACUCGCUGGUUGUCAACUAUGUCGCCAAGCUGCUGGAACUCAUCAGACACAUGCUGGAGUCCGCCUGGCUGAAGCACAAACUCGGCCCUUGUGCUUUGUGCUUGAUGAAGCCAGGCAGUCCAGCUGAGUGGUCUGUGUUUCACUUUAUGUUCCGGAUCCUAGAAUCCACCAGGAGUCUCUACCUGCCCCUCCCACCUGGCUAUCACACUCUGUUUGCAGUGUUUGCUGUGCGCUGCCUUCCUCAUCACACCUUUCUGCAGUACAUUGACCAUGGCUUUCUGCAGCUCACAGAAACCUUUGUGUCUCGUCUCAUGACAGAUUUGGACAACAGUGAUGCCAAUGAGAGACUAAAGUUCAGCAUACUGAAGAGACUCCCUGAGUCUUUGGAGCAGAGGAUCUGCCAUAUGUGGGACCAUCCUGUUAGUUCAGCCUCAAUCUCCAGAGAUUAUGUUAGGACUCUGUUGGAGAAACACAACAAAAAUAAGGGAUUUGCAUUUAACGGGAGAGAUGAGCCUGGCUUCAGACCUGAGUUUCUGCCACUUACCUACCUGGCAAAAGUCCUCUCUGAUGUGGAGGCACAAGCACUGAACCCAUUCGAAGAGCAGGAGAACGUGGACGCCAAGUUUGUGGAGGAGACGGCUCUGAUGCAGACGUGGAUCCUGCUGGGCUACGAGAAAAAAUGAAGAGCAUGGAAAGGGAGGAGAGGGAUGAGGGUUGGAUGGAUUGAAGGGGGAACUGACGCAAAAGGAAAAUGUGUUUAGGUGGAGAGCAGUCAUCCCUGACUUGGACCAUGAGGACAUAUAAUUGAUGGAUGGGAAGAUGAUGGAGGGACAUAGAAAGGGUGGGAAAUGAAAGAUGAUUGGAAAGACUGAGACUCAUAAACAAGUUCUCACUGAUGAUAAAUUAGGGUGGGGAUAGAUGGAUGGAUGGAUUUACAGGCUGAGUUCACCUGCUUUUUAAGAAAAAGAAGCAUAAUCUUAUUACACAAACACAAGUUGAAUGUAUGGGAAAAAAAGAUAAACCAGUAAGAAACACAGUUAAAACUUCAACAAUAUCAAAAUUAUAUUGAAAAUCAAUAACUGCUGGCAGUUAUUUGUAUAACCUCAUUUUCUCUAGUAGCUACAAUUCUUCCCUCAACUCCUUUCUUUCAUAGAAUUUAUGAAGAUCAACGUCAAAUAUUCUGAACAGUAUUUAUAAAUCAAACACGCUUGUUUCUCCUUCUUGUGCUUCCUGUAAUGCUGCUGCACCCCAUCAACUUGAUUACAUGCCGACAAAAGCUUUGCAGACAGAGAGGCUUGAUAUGGUCUGCUGUGCAUUAAAUCUGAUUUUAACACUGACUUACAGGAGCUUUGCAGCAGAAUGUCUGAGCGAGGAGAAACUGGCGGAGUUCGUACUGUAUAAACAGACUGAAUCCAAAUUAGGAGAUUAUUAAAAUGAUCAAAACAAGAUGCAAACCUCAUUUUCAGAUAAGUUGGGAAUAAUAAUAAUAAUGGUGUCCAACUGGCGUUCGUUGUCUUUAUGUGCAUCUAAGAGUAACUCCAGAGAACUUGGCAGCUUGGCCGUGUGGCUUCCUUCUUGUAUUACACUUAGGUUACAGUUUUGGUCAGUUUUGUUGAAUGAAAAUAUUUUGUCCUGGUAUAUUUUAGCCCAUGUGGAUAAAUUAAUCAUGGUGGCAUAACAGUUUCUCAUGAAGUUUCCCUUCAGGCCUUGAAGGUCUUGAUUUGCUGCCCUGGCCCUUUAUACAUUUAGAUUUCUCCUGAUUUCUUUUAUAACACCAGAGUUAAUUCCAAUCUUGCAUUAGGAAAUGUUUUUGUAACUUACUGAUGAUUCUCUGACUAAGUUUAAUACAAAGAGCUGAGCUAAAUUAUCCUUUCUUUAAAAAAAAGAAAAAAAAAAAACUGAAUCUUUGAUGGGUAUUCCUUUUAUACCCAAUCUUGACACCCUCACAUGUCAAUCAACUAUGUGCUGGUUAUAUAUUUUAUAACCUUAUCUGUCUUUAUUUGCCUCUUUCUCAACUUUUUUUUCUUUGCGAGUAAAGAGCUGGUACUGAAUUUUCAAAAUUAAAUAUAUUAAAGCCAAUCGAUAAAAAUGCUGGAAAUCUUUUCUUUGGAAUGGGGUUAUUUUCUUUAGAAAAUUUCCCAACUUUUCUGAAGAUGAGGUUAAUUGUACAGAGUUAUUUACAAAGCAGCAACAUCUGGUUUGAAUAUUCUCUCUAUCUGAGCUCAUAUAGUAAAUGGAAAAUUCUAUGUUUGUUGUGGUUUGUGUUCAUAAUCCUUUUUAAAGUGUCUGAAUAUUUGUUCCCUGCAUGCCAUCCAGUUCUUAUUUACAUCUCUUGUUCUGCUGAUUGCCAAAUGUUCUGAAAGAAGGGAUUUCUUAAUCAGUCCUCCUGUUUAUGCCAGAAAAUCUGGGUAAAAGGGAUUAUAAAUAAAUAAAGAUUUUUUACAGUG